GUUAUAAGUUAACAGUGAAUAAAAAGGACUCACAAAAUAGGUAUGUAUAGUAUAUAAGGUACAAUGGGUGGCGAAGUAAGGAGAGAAGCGGAGGAGGAUGGUGGCACAAGCAAGGCGGCAACGCGCGGCGCCCACCAUCCAUAGCAGCGCAGCGCAGUUCCGCGCGCUCGCCGCUGAUUCCGUCGGCCCGCGCCGCGCAUCAUUCGCUCGUCGACCGCCGCUUGAGCGAGCGUUUGUUGUGUUAAUCCGGCCUCUGUGCGCAACCUACACCAACAUUAUCGCCAUUACACCAACUGACGGUUACCGAGAAAGUGAUCAAUCGCUAUCAUCACCACGCACCAUGAUAGGUGAAGACGAGCGCAGCCACCAAUGCGGUGAGUGCGGCCUGACGCUGACCACGCGCAGUGCACUGACGGCCCACGCGCGGUCCCAUCGGGUUGCUGCCGACGCUCAUCGGUGCGACGUCUGCCACAAAACUUUCGCCGUACCAGCGCGCCUCGUUCGUCAUUACAGGACCCACACUGGUGAACGACCCUUUGAAUGUGAAUAUUGCCACAAGAUGUUCAGUGUCAAAGAAAACUUACAGGUGCAUCGCCGUAUUCACACCAAAGAAAGACCCUAUCGUUGCAAUGUAUGCAAUGCUGCUUUCGAACACUCUGGAAAAUUACACCGGCACGCUCGUAUUCAUACGGGUGAAAGGCCUCAUGCAUGUCCACAUUGUCACAAGACAUUUAUUCAAUCCGGUCAACUGGUGAUACAUCUCAGAACACACACCGGCGAGAAACCAUAUCGUUGUCCGGCACCGGGGUGCGGUAAGGGAUUUACCUGUUCCAAACAAUUAAAAGUUCACUCGCGCACACACACUGGAGAAAGACCAUACACCUGCGACAUUUGCUUGCGUGACUUCGGGUACAACCACGUCCUGAAGUUACAUCGUUUUCAACAUUAUGGAGAACGAUGUUACCGAUGCACGGUGUGCGAUGGAACAUUCAAUACUAAAAAGCAAAUGGAAGCGCAUAUAUACAAGGAACAUGGUGCUGAAACACCCCGAACAGCAGCCGUGCAACCGAUGGCACCUGUCCCGGUUGGCAACGUUAUGUGUGACAUCGUGGAAGCGAUGCAACAGUUGCCCCCUACGCCGCCGAGCUCUCCUCCGUCGCCCCCGUGCCCAGCCCCAGCGACCGCCCCGGCAGCGAAGCCGGCGACUCCACCGCCAUCCACCUCACCAUCACCUCCGGUGCCGAGUCUGCAGUACACGUUAGCACCUUCGUCACUCCCGCCUCGCAAACGUAAACUUAUCCCACAACCUGAGAUUACCAAUGUUGUUGUUCGCCACACAUCGGUUAUUCAAUUUGCCCCCGCGUCAGCUGACGUAUUGUAGAUCGUUAAUUAAUUAAGUAAUUAGUGAAAUGUCAAAAAUAAUUUGCUAUGGCUUUGCUCUAAUAAAAGGCUAUGUACCCAUUUAGGUUCAAAAUAUACAUAUAAUUGAGAUUGCAAAGUUAUGUAAAUUUAGCGCUAUUGAUUCCAGCUUAUAAUGAUGUAGACUAGUAGAAUAAGAAUUGAGUAAAAGACUAAAUAUAUUAUUUAAGCUCACGAUGUAAGCUGUCUCUAAAUGCAUUUGUGCUGUCAUUAGUGUUAAGUUUUAUAUUUAUGUACCUACCUAACUACCUAUCUAUCUACUUUAAUGUUGUACAAAUUACAUAAGCUAUUGAAUCAA